CUAGUUAUGUCGUUCGGGCUAACCAACGCCCCGGCGGCAUUUAUGGACUUGAUGAACCGAGUAUUUCAUAAAUACUUGGACCGGUUUGUGAUUGUGUUCAUAGAUGAUACUUGAUUUACUCAAAGAGUGAAGAAGAGCAUGAGGAGCACUUGAUACUUGUUCUUGAGACACUACGGGAGAAGCAACUCUAUGCCAAGUUUUCCAAAUGUGAAUUUUGGCUAAGGGAGAUUGGCUUUCUCGGGCAUGUGGUUUCAGGAUCAGGGAUUGCCGUAGAUAACAAGAAGAUUGAUGCCAUUACUGAAUGGGAAAGGCCAAAGAACGUCAAGGAAAUUCGUAGCUUCCUUGGAUUGGCAGGGUACUACCGAAAAUUCGUGGAGAAGUUCUCAGUUUUGGCAUCGCCAUUGACAAAGCUCACUCGAAAGGGGGCCAAGUUUGUAUGGGAUGACCGAUGUGAGAAGGGAUUCCUUGAACUGAAGAAGAGAUUUACCGAGGCAUCGGUACUUGCAUUACCCCGACAGGGUAUGGGGUAUGAUGUCUAUAGUGACGCGGGCAUCCAAGGGCUUGGAUGUGUCUUGAUGCAGGAUGGGAGGGUAAUUGCCUAUGCUUCACGACAGUUGAAGAAGCAUGAGGUAAAUUAUCCUACUCAUGACUUAGAGCUGGGGGCAGUGGUAUUUGCAUUGAAGAUUUGGAGACAUUAUCUCUACGGGGAAACAUGUCAUAUAUACAAUGACCACAAAAGCCUGAAAUACGUGUUUACUCAGAAAGAGUUAAACAUGAGACAGAGACAGUGGAUGGAGUUGAUAAAAGACUACCAUCUAGUUAUCGAGUACCACCCCGGUAAAGCCAACGUGGUAGCGGAUGCCCUGAGCCGAAAGAAUUCGUCUGGGGCAUUGUUGACUAGUUUGAGGGCAUUGAGAGCCCGAUUGGAGGUAUCUAGUGAUGGUGCUUUGUUAGCUAGAUUUGAGGUGAGACCUACAUUACUUGAUGAAAUCAAGAAGGGUCAAGAAACUGAUGAAGAGCUUAUGAAGGUCCGUGAACGCAUGCUAGCGGGGCCGGUUGAGGAUUUCAGGGAGAGAGACGAUGGUCUCUUAUUAUUCCGUGACCGAGUGUGCGUACCGUCGGAUGAUGGGCUCCGAAAGUCCAUCUUAGAGGAGGCUCAUUCAUCGGCGUAUGCCCUGCAUCCGGGAGGCACAAAAAUGUACCGUGAUUUGAAAGAAAGUUACUGGUGGUCGGGUAUGAAGAGAGAAAUAGCCGAGUACAGCAGUAGGUGUCUUACUUGUCAGCAAGUUAAGGCAGAACAUCAGCAUCCAGUUGGGUUAUUACAGCCACUUUCCAUUCCUGAAUGGAAGUGGGAACACGUGACUAUGGAUUUCGUGGUAGGGCUGCCACGGACGAUUAAGAACUAUGACGCCGUAUGGGUUGUGGUCAAUAGGCUCACGAAAAGUGCACACUUUCUACCUAUUAACACCACUUAUGCACUGGAGAGGUUAGCCAAGUUGUAUGUGGACGAGAUCGUGAGGCUACAUGGGGUUCCGAUAACCAUUGUAUCCGAUAGAGAUCCGCGAUUCACAUCACGAUUUUGGCCGAAGUUCCAAGAAUCUAUGGGGACAAAGUUGAAAUUCAGUACAACUUUUCAUCCACAAACGGAUGGGCAAUCUGAGCGGGUUAUUCAGAUAUUAGAGGAUAUGCUGAGAGCUUGUGAAUUGGAGUUCCAAGGGAGUUGGGACAACCAUUUGGCACUUGUGGAGUUUGCCUAUAACAACAGUUAUCAGGCGAGUAUAGGCAUGCCUCCAUACGAGGCAUUGUAUGGGAGGAGAUGUCGUACACCUUUGUGUUGGGAUGAGGUUGGCAUGGCCAAACUCGAGAGCACGGAACUAGUGGAGAUCACCAAGUCAAAGGUGAAGAUGAUUCGUGAGAGACUUAAGGCGGCACAGGAUAGACAGAAGAGCUAUGCCGAUAAGCGCCGAAGAGCCUUAGAGUUUAAGGUUGGAGAUGAGGUAUUUUUGAAAGUUUCACCUUGGAAAGGAAUCAUCCGAUUUCAGAGCCAAGGGAAACUUAACCCACGCUACAUAGGGCCAUUUGUAAUUCUUGAGAGAAUUGGGGCCGUAGCAUACCGAUUACAGUUGACUCCGGAAUUGGAGAAGAUACAUAAUGUAUUCCAUGUGUCUAUGCUUAAGAGGUAUAUUCCGGAUCCAUCUCAUGUACUAGAAAAACCACCCGUGGAAAUAUGGGAAGAUUUGAGCUACGCCGUACAACCAGUGAUGAUACUUGAUAGGCAAGUAAAGAAGCUAAGAAGCAAGAAAGUUCCAAUGGUCAAAAUCCUUUGGAAGAGUGACCGAGUGGAAGAAGAAACUUGGGAGACUGAAGCCUCGAUGAAGGAUCAAUAUGCAUUUCUGUUUGAAUAAUCGUUGUGAAUUUCGGGGACGAAAUUCCCGUUAAGGGGGGUGAACUUGUGACACCGUCCCCAAGCAUGUUUACUUUUAGUAAAUGAUGUAGUAAACCUUGAAAGAUGAUUUAUGAAUUUACGUAAUUGUUAAAUUUUAUUAUUUCUUUUACGUGAAUAGUAAAUUGCAUGUGGGGCCCACAACGGGAGCAGGGCCGCCCGAUAAUUUUUAAACCACAUAUUAUAUUCAUCUUGGUCUAGAUGACAUUUAUAUGGUUGUGGAUAUUUUAUUUGGGCCAUAGGAAAGGCGCGGAGUUGACCGGUGGUCAAACGAGGCCCAAUUACUGGUAUUGGUAAUUUAGCGGAUAACAGCCCGAAAUGAGUGUCGGAGACUCCUAAAUUAAUGUUGGGGAAUGUACAUCUAUUCUAAAGGCCCAUAAUUAUUAGGAACGAGUGACAUAUUUUAUUUGGCCCGAUAAAAUAAAAUAUAAUUAAAACGGACCGAGAAAUACAACUUUCGGGGCCGAUUGUACACACCGGGACAUAACGGGAUGACCUCCCACCUAAGUGGGGGCCACCCCACGUUUUUGUGUGCUCCAUUUGACUGAAUGGGAGCUGGAAGAGACAAGGAAAAUGGGCUGGGGUCGAACUAUAGGAAGAGGGGAUGGAUUGAGACCAAACCCCAUGUCCUACACAUUGACUUCUCAUUUGAUUGAGGAGAGUUGUCCCCUAUCAUUUCUCAUCCUCAAUCAUACGACCAAGGCAAGGAGAGGAGCUCAGGAGAAGACCCUCACAAAGCUCAUAGCUUGAAGGAAGCAAGGAGUAAAGGAAAUCCAACUCAAAGAGGCUAUAAAUUAAGGUAAGAACUCAAAUAGUUCUUUUAACUAGUUUUUGUAGUAUGAUUUUUAAGAAAUCAUAUGGUGGAUUAAACAUGAAGUUCUACGCGUUUAAAAGUGUAGAAUAUUGAUAUAAAGUGGUGAUAUUUAUCUUAGAGGAGUUGGUGAUCGAUAGGAGUCGAAAUCGCCGGAAACCGCCACUUUAAGGGAGUUGCUCGUAUCUGCAGAACACGAAAGCUGCCCGGCUUUUGUGAAAGCCGCCCGACUUUGGCCCAGCAGUCCAGAUUUUCACUUUCAAUCGGCCUAGAACGGGGAUUGAUCGAGGGGCUUAACAAGGGCAACUAUUGUAGCACAUCACGAGUUUCAGGUAGAACUUGAAGGUUGCUGCCACCGCCCGUUGCUUCGGGAAGAUCGAAGGGAGAAGACGUGGUUCGUGCUUCUUCCGUUUCUGUUUUGAAAACAAUUUAAAACAAUGCUCAUGGAUAAUAUUUUCUGCAUAAUUACUUUGGGGGCUUGCAUGCCUAAUUAUGCCAAGUGUGGCUUGAACACUUGUAUCAAUUGUUUCCGC